AUGAGUGAGCUCUACUUUUUGAGGCACGGCCAGCGAAUAGACCAUGCGUUGGCCCAGAACCCCGAUGCCACUCCCUUGACUUCCGACUACCACCAGUACGACCCGUCGUUGGCGUCGUCUGCCACGGCUCAAAUCAACAAGGUGGCCUCAGACAUAGCUGGGUCCACCACGGCUUUCACAGCAGACGCCGACUCCGGACCCGCCAGAAAGAACGUGUUCAUCCACUUCAGUCCCUACUUGCGCUGCUGCCAGACAGCAGACCUCUUGAUCACCGACCUCAAGGCUGUGUUCCUGCAAAAGUACCCUCACUACAAGGUGCGGUUCCAGCUUCUAGGAGACUUUGCGUUGAGCGAGUGGAUUCACGACAGAAUGAGGGACAAGCCCCCAUUCAUCGACUCCAACGACGCCUACAACAUGUACACUCCCAACGUCAAAGCAAUGGCCAACAAGUCAGCAUGCUCCAACUUCAGACCCACCACCAGCUUGGGGCCCUUCAACGGACCAGACUUGAGCUACAAGGACUACCAGGCCAGGUGCAAGAACUAUUUCCAGAAGUUGCUAGCCACCUACGACAAGCCUGCGUACAUGCGCAACAACGACAUCAUCAUCGUGAUAUCGCAUGGGUACGUCAUCAACAACUUCAUCUCGUACUUCAUCAACCACCCCAUCUUCGACGAGAUCCCCGAAGCUGCCAUCAACUACGCCAGACGCAUCAGGCUCGACGAGCUGGCCGCAGAUGACGACGACUUUGCUCCCGAAAACUAUACCUGGAAGUUGCUCAAGGACUCGUUAGACAUGUUCGUGCACGACGACGUGGAUACCACGUUGAACCUCGAGAACGACGUGGUCUACUACCAGACCACAUUCAUCAAGCGUGACGAGUUGAAGAACCCCAAGCCUGAGUCGUCGCUCCAGUUGCCAGCGUUCGAAAACCCCAGACCUUCGUUCAAAAUCGAGCUGGCCAAGGAUAACCACGAGAGCCCAGUUGUGGCUAAGAACUAUAACCCGCUAUGCUCGUCUGCUCGAGACUGGUCGCCCCAGAAAAUUAAGCAUUUUAAAAUCAAGGCCGAUUUCAAGUUGAAGGUCAUGAACGACGAGUCGUUCAAGAGGACGUUCAGCCUCAACAAUAAACCCAUCAAACCCAUCAGUCCUGAAGUAUCGCCUAAUUCCGAACCCACCAGAUCCAAUUCUGUGAUUGACUUGACCAAGCUUCUGGGAAACGACGAUAUUUACAAGCCGUUGCAAUUGAAGUAUUCUUCGGCUUCAGAAGUUCCCGUCCAUACAUUAAACUCAAAAGUCAACUCUCAGGUCAAUCUAGCACAAGCAUUGAGAUCGGGAGGUUCCUCAAAUGAUAACUCUUCAGUCGACUUGCCAAAAUACGUUGCAUCUCUUACCAACAGACGAAGAUCCACAUCCAACCCUGGUGCGGUGUAUGUGGCCCACAGUGCCAAAGAUUCUUACUUUCCCCUGGGUGUUAGUAAGGUCAAGUCCUUGGGGUCCGACUAUUCGCUUGACUCG